UUAGAAGAGUUUGGAUUUUUGACGAGGUAAUUUAUAGAUAUUCCUAGAAUGAUAUUAUUCACAUUAAAACGUACAUCUCUCAAAUUAUCGCGUCAUACAAAAACUCGUCGUGUACAUUAAAACUUUCCAUUACGUCAACGAGAAUCUAACUGGAUUGGAAUAUCAAAUAAUCCUUUAAAAUGAAUAAUUUUUAUAAACCAACAGAUUCUAAACGGGAAAUAUUCCGUAAGUACUUGGAGAGAGCUGGCGUAAUGGACGUAAUCACUAAAGCCUUCACCAAUUUAUAUGAGGAAGAAAACAGACCUGAGGAUCCCUUGGAAUAUGUUAUAAAUGCAAUGGGUGGAGUAAUAGUUAAAAGGGAUUCCGACAUUCCUAACGUUCAAGUCGGUUCUGCUUAUAAGAAUCCCGAGAUUAUCGAGCAAAAGUCGGGAUUUUGAUGAAGGAUCCUUAUAUUAUUAUUAUUUAUAAGAACGAUAGAAAUUUAAGUUAAUAAAAAUAUAUUCGAUUUUAAAUGAUUGUACAUAAGUAAUACAUAUACUAAAGCCAGGAGGCUCUUAUUUUUGUAUGUA